AUGUGUCUUUGCCUUGGUCCUCGAAAAUCUGGAAAAACAUUAUUGAUGAAAAAACUCCAAGGUGAUGAACAGAUUGACGAAGCAUCGCACACAGUACCAACAAAUGGACUCAAUUUAUUUACAAUAAAAAAUAAAGAUGGACAUUUCAGUACAGUUAUUAAAGAAAUUGGUGGCAACAUGUCUCCUAUAUGGAAACAUUAUUUCGACAAAGUUGGUAAAAUAAUAUAUGUUAUUGAUACAAGUAAUCUUUGCCAAAUCAGCGCUGCUAGUGUAUUACUAUAUUCAUUAAUUGUCGAGCCGAAAUUACAAAACACCAAAUUUUGUCUGAUAUUAUCUAAAAUGGAUGUAUCAUAUAGACAAUUGAGAAAUGAAGCAUUACUUAUGUUACAUUUUUUACGUUUACAAAGUGAAAUAAAACAAAGUAUGAUGAUUAUUGAAGCAAGUGCAAUGACUGGUAUAGGUAUUGAAAAAAUACGCGAUUGGUUAUUUGAUCCAAAAACAUUAAAAACUGCCGCAGCAAGUUUUCUUUAUAAAUAA